UGUUCACUCCUCGGCGUCGACGCGGGAUAUCUCCUCUGCAACUGAUUCAACAGUGGUGUUGUCAUGAUCUACUCGCGCUAUUUAUCGGUAAGAUCUUUGGACAUUUGCCUUAUGUAUAGCCACCAAUUACAGCAAUUUAAUUAUAUCUGUCUUUAGCGUCACCCGGCGCUCUUUUUAUACUCCGGCCCCAACGCCUCGUUUCACAUCUUACGAUCGAGCUUUCAUCUCUUCUGUGGUUCCCAACUAAAUCCGAGCCUUAGCUAGCUAGACAUUAGUGACCAAUCUUUGUGCAAGCCGAGUGACCAGUCUUUGUGCAAGCCGAGUGACCCCGCGCGCGGUGACCAUGGACGUCAGGUACCCCAACGCCAACGGCUCCGUCAGGAGGGUGAGGCAGGCCGCCGCCGCCGCCCCGCCGGCGGUGAAAGAGGUAAGGUACAAGGAAUGCGGCAGGAACCUCGUGCCGGCCAGCGGCGGGCACGUGGUGGACGGCUGCAGGGAGUGGAUGCCGUUGAUCGACUGCAACCCCGCCGACCCGUUCUCGUACAAGUGCGCCGCCUGCGGUUGCCACCGCAACUUCCACCGCCAGGAGACGACCGAGAUACCGCCGCCGCCGCCGCCGCUCAUGGAGGCGGCGCCCGUGCUCCAUGGCCUGCCGCGGCGCAGGGAGGAGACGCCGGAGGACCGGCUCCCGGGCGUCGACUCGGACACCGACGACGACUCGGAUGGCACGGAGUACGACUCGGAUGCCACGGAGUACGACCACGAGCGCUUCGUGUCCCCGCCACCGCUGCAGCCUCCACACAGGUACCAGUACCAUCCGGCGGCACUGGUGCAGCGGGCGCCCGUGCACAUCUCCUCGACGCCGCACAUGCUACGGUCCCUGAACUCCAGCGCGCCGGGGGCACUGCAGGGCCGGAGGCUCCCCGCCCAGCUCUCGCCGGCGACCGCUCAGCCGCCCCACAGGGUUACGCCGGCGAGGAAGCGGCACCGCACAACGUUCACCACCGAGCAGAAGCAAGGGAUGAUGGAGCUGGCGGAGCGCCUGGGGUGGCGCCUGCGGAGGCACGACAGGAACAUGGUCGACGCAGGGUGCCGCGACAUCGGCAUCAGCAGGCGCGUCUUCAGGGACUGGAUGCACAACAAGAAGCGCAAGGGCCCCGACGGACACAGUGCCUCCGCUUCCGCUGGGCCUUCCUCCGCCGCCGGACAAUCCCGUCUCCUCCCGCCGCCGUCACACCACCAGUAUUAGGAUAUAAAUUUCGUCCGCGCAUCUAGUUUUUGUGCCAUGGCAGCAUUUAUCCGUUCCGCUGUCAUGGGACGUUCCUCUUUUAUCAUGUUACUAGCUUUUUUUGCUUACUAUGCUGAAUUACUUUGAGGGAUUCUCGUGGCGCGCUUGAUCUGUUCAUGGGAUGGCAUGAGCCUAUCGGGACGCGUUACAUGUUUCCCUUACACAAGUAAAAGGAGGUGAAAGAAAUGAGAAAAGUCGCAAUUUGCACGAGGCGCAAAAAACUCUGUCUCUGUGUUCUUCGUGAGCUGUUUGUAUAUGUGAAAUUUCAUGAUCAAAUACCUUGAAUUGCGAAUUGCACAAAGAAAACAUAAGACUUUGAGAAUGAACAAUACAUGUGAUGAAAAGCUACAUGUUUG